AUGACUGACGUAUUAUCAAAACCUCAUUCUACCCCUAAUGACUACAUUGAAAGCUUGUCAGCUGAGCAAAUAGAGCACGACCAGAUAAUUGGAGUGAAGGCAAUUAGACUCUUCCUUCAAAGCAAAACAUCUUAUGAUGUACUUCCAGUCAGUUAUAGAUUAAUUGUCUUGGACACUUCACUUCUUGUUAAGAAAUCAUUGAAUAUCUUGUUACAGAAUAAUAUUGUUUCAGCACCGCUUUGGAAUAACAAGACCUCAAGAUUCGCAGGGUUAUUGACCUCUUCUGAUUUCAUUAACGUUAUUCAAUACUAUUUCCAGUUCCCAGAGAAGUUUGAUCUCGUUGACCAGUUGACCCUAGACGGAUUAAGGGAAAUCGAAAAGUCCAUCGGCGCGACCCCAAUUGAAACAGCAUCAAUCCAUCCGUUCAAGUCGUUGUACGAAGCCUGUGUUAAAAUGUUAGGCGCAAAGGCAAGAAGAAUCCCAUUGAUUGAUGAGGAUGAAAAGACUCGUAGAGAAAUUGUUGUAUCAGUCUUAACGCAGUAUAGAAUUUUGAAAUUCGUUGCGUUAAAUUGUAAAGAAACAAAGAUGCUUUUGAAGCCAAUUAAGAAUUUACAAGGCUUGGGAACCAAAAAGGAUCUCUCCACAUGUACCAUGAGCACGCCUGUCAUUGAAGUGAUCCACUUGUUGGCUAACAAAUCCGUUGCUUCUGUGCCCAUUGUAGACGAGCAAGGAAAAUUAGUCAACGUGUACGAAGCAGUGGAUGUUUUGGCGUUGGUCAAGGGAGGAAUGUACACCGACUUGGAUUUAAGCGUGGGAGAUGCGCUUUUAAGAAGACCUGACGAUUUUGAAGGUGUCCACACAUGUACAUUGAAUGAUCGUCUUAGUACUAUAAUGGACACCAUAAGAAAAUCCAGAUUACAUAGAUUGUUUGUGGUUGAUGAUGAAGGGAAAUUAGUAAGCGUUAUAACUUUGAGUGACAUAUUGAACUAUAUAUUAUUCGGAGAGGAUUAG